CUACUAGGCGGUGCUCGAAAUUUGGAAGUCGGACGCGCGUAGUUCCACGGUUGCUCCGCCUUCGUGACGCAGAGGUCUCUGAUUGGUUGCAUGCUGAGCUCCUGUACGAUUACGAUUGGCCUAGGUUGGCGCGAAUGUGCGCGACUCCGGGACACGGGAGAGGCGGGAAACAAUAGCGGGAGGAGCAGACCGGACACCGGGGACACUAGGGAGGAGUUGGCCGAAGAAUUGGGACAGUAAGCGGCGGAACCAGUUCUGAGAACGAGGAGCUGCCUGCUAAGCCCAGAAGGCCGCACAAGCUCUUCUAGUAGGUUUGAGCGAGCACCAUGGCGGAUAAGGAGGCUGCAUUUGACGAUGCUGUGGAAGAGCGGGUCAUAAACGAGGAGUACAAGAUCUGGAAGAAGAACACCCCAUUCUUGUAUGACCUGGUGAUGACUCAUGCCCUGGAGUGGCCCAGUCUCACAGCACAGUGGCUGCCCGAUGUCACCAGACCAGAAGGGAAGGAUUUUAGCAUCCACCGCCUGGUACUUGGAACACAUACCUCUGAUGAACAGAACCACCUGGUCAUUGCCAGUGUACAGCUUCCCAAUGAUGAUGCCCAGUUUGAUGCCUCCCAUUAUGACAGUGAGAAAGGAGAGUUUGGAGGCUUUGGUUCAGUAAGUGGGAAAAUAGAGAUUGAGAUAAAAAUAAAUCAUGAAGGAGAAGUAAACAGAGCUCGCUAUAUGCCCCAGAACCCAUGUAUCAUUGCAACAAAAACACCGUCCAGUGAUGUUCUUGUGUUUGAUUACACAAAACACCCAUCCAAACCAGAUCCUUCAGGUGAAUGUAACCCUGAUCUUCGGCUUCGUGGUCACCAAAAGGAAGGAUAUGGAUUGUCCUGGAAUCCUAACCUUAGUGGAAACCUACUAAGUGCAUCUGAUGACCAUACAAUUUGCUUGUGGGAUAUCAGUGCAGUGCCCAAAGAAGGCAAGGUGGUUGAUGCAAAGACCAUUUUUACAGGUCAUACUGCAGUGGUGGAAGAUGUUUCCUGGCACUUACUACAUGAAUCCUUAUUUGGAUCCGUAGCAGAUGAUCAAAAACUAAUGAUAUGGGACACCAGAUCAAACAACACAUCAAAGCCUAGCCAUUCUGUGGAUGCUCACACAGCUGAGGUCAACUGUCUCUCAUUUAACCCCUACAGUGAGUUCAUCUUAGCUACUGGGUCUGCAGACAAGACUGUGGCAUUGUGGGAUCUGCGAAACCUGAAACUAAAGUUGCAUUCGUUUGAGUCUCAUAAAGACGAGAUUUUCCAGCAGGUACAGUGGUCUCCACACAAUGAAACCAUUCUGGCAUCCAGUGGUACUGAUCGGAGGCUGAAUGUCUGGGAUUUAAGUAAAAUUGGAGAAGAGCAAUCUCCAGAGGAUGCUGAAGAUGGACCCCCUGAGUUGUUGUUUAUUCAUGGAGGUCAUACUGCAAAGAUCUCUGAUUUUUCAUGGAAUCCUAAUGAGCCUUGGGUUAUAUGUUCAGUGUCUGAAGACAAUAUUAUGCAAGUUUGGCAAAUGGCAGAGAAUAUCUACAAUGAUGAAGACACAGAGGGAGGAGUAGAUCCAGAGGGGCAGGGCUCCUAGUUAUAACUAUAAUAUAUAUACUUUUUUUUUCCCCUCCCCGGUGCAAUUUAGUGGCGUCUCACUCCAGAUAUGUCCCAUUAUCAGCACUUGGACAUGGAUCUUCCUGUGCUACAAGCUAUCGCUCCUCAUUCACCUCAACUUGCUUUUAUUCAUCUUAGUCAGGAAAACCCAAUCAGUUUUAUUUUAUAUAUAAAUAUUUUAUACAAGAAUGUCAUUUUUAACUGUUGCGUACAAAUGCGGUUUUGUUUCUUUGAUUUUAACAAAGCGAGAAGAGGAGUAGAUGAGUCAGCUUGUCAGACUAUGUGCCUUCAGGUGCACCUCUUUAAGUUAAAGUCUUGGACCAGGCAGCUUCAUGCAAACAUUCCUUAUAUUUUUUCCACUGGAAAAGUUAACUUUGUUCCUAUUACUAUCUAGGAUGAGCUCCUUAAACCAUUUUCCCCUGUAUAUUCUAUUUGAUUGAAGUAUAUAUUGUACUUUAGACUUCUUGUCAUCCACUCUUUAGUGCUUAAUUUUUACGGGGGCACAGUAAUAUCCUUUGUACUUGUGUGGAUUUUGCUGUCUGUGUUGCACAUCUUCUUUUAUAGUUGAUGAGCACCUUAUGUGAAAUAAAUAGAUUUAAAUUGUU